AUGCCCCUUCCACCCCCCCCCCCCCCCCCCCCCCCCCCCUGCCGCGGGCCGGCCCCGCAGGGAUGCCUGGAUGCCCCUUCCAGCCCCGGCCCUGCUCCUGCCACCGGCGGCACCUCCCCAGCCACCCUAGACGCCGACAACGAGACGGGGCUGUGCAAGGGGCAGGACCUGCUGCGGGUGCCCCACGGCCUCCCCGGCGGCCUGCGCAGCCUUGACCUCUCCUACAACAAGCUACGGGAGAUCACGGCGGGCGACUUUGCCAGCAUGACCCAGCUGCGGCACUUGGAUUUGGGCUACAACAACAUCUCCCACAUCGCGCCGGACGCCUUCCUCUCCAACCUCCUCUUGGAGCAUCUCCGGCUUUUCAACAACUCCCUCCACCACAUCCCGGCGCUGGCGUUGCAACCGUUGGUCAACCUCCGUUGGCUGGACAUGUCCAACAACCUCUACCGCAGCGCGGCGUUGGGCAGCGUCUUUGGUGAGCUGCGGCAGUUGCAGGUGCUGUCGCUGGGGGGGCCGCUGCUGCGGGACAUCUCCCGGGGAGACUUCGCAGUCUUGAAGGACACGGCGCUGCAGAAGUUCGCCAUCAAGUCGGCCUCCAGCCUGCGGCAGUACGAAGCCGGGGCUUUCUCGUGGCUGAACACCACGGAGCUGUGGUGCGACAUGGCCUUGGACGAGAGCGCGGCGGCUCUGCCGGUGAUGCUGCAGGACCUGCGGGGCAAACCCCUCGACUACCUGCGUUUCCGUAACCUCUUCGAGUUCACCUACUACACUGGUGAUGCCGAUCCCUUCGCCGGCUUGGCUGAGUUGCAGAUCACCAAGUUGGUCUUCUACCGGGGCAAGUUCAACGAGAACCUCCUCCGCUUGGCCCUGCUCAACGUCCAACGCUCCCGCGUCCGCGACUUGGCGCUGGUGGCCAUCGACUUCGCCCGCUCGCCACAGUGGAACAACUCUGGCGUGGGGGCGGCUGCCCCACGGCUCGACCGCCUCUUGCUGCAGGACAUCAGCAACCCCGACGUCCUGCGUUUCGACUGGACCUUCACCUGGUUGAGCGGCGUGGCCGCCCUCUCCAUCAUCAACGUCAACUUCAACUACGUCCCCUGCGACGCCUGGGGCGAGAUGCGCAACGUGGAGGCCUUGGACAUCUCCAGCAACCGUCUGGAAGAUGGUUAUAUCUACAACCAACGUUGCCACUACCAGGGCGUCAUGCCCAAGCUGGAGAGCUUCGUCUUGGCCGCCAACCAGCUUCUGCGCCUGGCUGUGGUAGCCGCCUUGACGCGGACCUGGCCCCGGCUUGCCCGCCUCGAUGCCAGCCACAACGGCUUGGGCAGCCUGCAGGAGACGUGUCAAUGGAGUCCCACCUUGCGUUGGCUGGCCCUGCACCACAACCGGGUGAUGGCGGGCACCUUUGGGUGCCUGCCCACCACCCUCGAGUACCUGGACCUCUCCUACUCCCAGCUCGACCGCUUGGACAUGGACUACUUCACCCGAAGCCCCCGGUUGCGGGAGCUGCGAUUGAGCGGCAACAAGAUCAAGUUCAUCCCCUCUGAGUGGAGAUGCCCCCGUUUGGAGGUGCUGACCAUCGACGGCAACUCCUUUGGCGUCAUCAACCGUGGCUCCUUCGUCAACAUGCCGCGGCUCAUCAGCCUGGCGGCCGGCAACAACCCCUACCACUGCACCUGUGACCUCUACCUCUUCUUGGAGGAGACGCAGCGACGGGGACGACCCAUCUUGGCCGACUGGCCCCACAACUGGAGCCGGCCCCCCCACCGGGCCUGCUCCCCCCCCGAGCCGCUGCUGGAUACGGCCGUGGCCGCUUACGCCCCGCGUCCCUUGGAAUGCAAUGUGCUGGCGCUGGUGGCUGUGGCGGUGGCCAGCACGGCGGUGGCGGUGGCAGCGUGUGCCGUGCUCUGCUGGAAGCUGGACGCCGGUUGGUACCUGCGAGCCACGUACCGGUUGGUGCGGCCCAAGGACGGCAGGCGGGGGGCCACGAACGCGCGGCAAUGCCCCUACCACGCCUUCAUCUCCUACAGCCGCGCCGACGCCGACUGGGUUCGCCAGGAGCUUCUGCACCGGCUGGAGAGCAACACGCCGCCUUACCGGCUCUGCAUCCACGAGCGGGACUUCACACCGGGCCGUUGGAUCAUCGAUAACAUCGUGGAGAACAUCGAGCGGAGCGCCAAGGUCAUCUUCGUCCUCUCCCGCAGCUUCGUCGACAGCGAGUGGUGCAACUACGAGCUCUACUUCGCCCACCAGCGCGCCGUGGGGCUGGGCAGCGAGGACGUCAUCUUGGUGGUGAAGGAACCCAUCGAUGCUCGGGGUUUGCCCCGGCGUUUCGCCCGGCUCCGGAAGAUGUUGGGCUCCAAGACCUACCUGGAGUGGCCCCACGAGCCCGGGAGGCGACCCUUCUUCUGGCUUCAGCUUCGGAGCCUCCUGGGCAGCCCCGGGGAGCUCGGUCCUUCCACCGGCGAGGAGGAGACGGUCGUGGAUGCCACCACGUAG